GCGCUCUGCGGUCUGAAGUGACGUCUAACGAAGCGACUAGCUUCGGCAAACAUCGUCAUCAGUCGUGAGCUGAGACUCGGAGAAGGAUGGAGGAAGAGGCACGCAAGCUUCACGAAGACGGAAUAAGAAAGAAAUUGGUCAGUCCUGGUAAAGGAGAGCUGUCGACGUUCCCCAAUGGAACCAAGGUGAUCUUCCACUAUCGCACCAGCCUGUGUGAUGGCACGAUGCUGGAUGACUCCAGGACCAUGGGGGGGCGCAGCAAACCCAUGGAGCUCAUCUUGGGCAAGAAGUUUAAACUAGCUGUGUGGGAGAGAGUAGUCAUCACCAUGAGACGAGGUGAAAUUGCAGAAUUUACCUGCGACACAAAGCACACAGCACUGUACCCACUCGUGUCCCAGUCAUUGAGAAACAUCAGUGCUGGUAAGGACCCCCUAGAAGGCCAGAGACACUGCUGCGGCAUUGCCCAGAUCCACUCCCACCACUCGCUGGGGCACAAGGACCUGGAUCAGCUUCAGGCCAGCCCACAGCCUCUUGUCUUCACCAUCGAGCUGCUGGAGGUUCUGCCUCCAGGCUCGUUCCAGCUGGAUGUGUGGGCUAUGACAGAUGAAGAAAAACUCGAGUUUGUGCCUCAGAUCCACGAAGAGGGCAACAUGCUUUUCAAAAGAGGGCAAAUUAAGGAGGCCACAGAGAAAUACUACAAUGGCAUUGCCUGCCUCAAAAAUCUACAGAUGAAGGAGCACCCUGGAGAUGAAGCAUGGGUAAAGUUGGAUCAUAUGAUCACGCCACUGCUCCUCAACUACUGCCAGUGCAAGUUACUCCAGGGCCAGUACUACGAAGUUAUUGAACACUGCUCAUCCUUGAUCUUCAAAUAUGAGGAUAAUGUGAAGGCCUUCUACAAGCGGGCUAAGGCCCAUGCUGCAGUGUGGAACGAGACAGAGGCACGAGCAGACUUCGCUAAGGUGUUGGACCUGGACCCCUCUCUGGGACCGUCUGUAGCCAAAGAGCUGAGGGCCAUGGAGGAGAGGAUCCGCUCCAAGGACAAGGAGGAAAAGGGUCGCUACAAAGGCCUAUUCAACAACAACACACCACCAGCCACUGCCACUACAGGUUGAAUCUCUCAUUGAGUUGGAAACAAGAUGAUUCCUGUGAAUUUCAAGAUGGAGGAGAAACAGUAGACACUGCUGGUGUUUAUGUCUUAUCCACGAUGCACCCAAGCCAAACACUCUGCCCUCCAUGGUACACGCAGACACAUUCUCACACACUGUCAGGUCGUACAAACAAACGCACCCACAGUUCACCAAGGUGCAACUUGCAUUCCUGCCUUAUUCCUCUACACUCUUAUUUGUAAAAUUCAGUUUUUGAUUAGGACAUGCUGACAUUAUCAGGGUUGACUGUAAUGGAAGUUCAAAAUAUCAUAGUAACCUUAGGUCUGUACUGGCCAGCUGCACCAGUAAUUCCAUGCAUUGUGGUGUUCAAUCUGAAUAGAACUCUGAAUUCCGAUAUCCUGGUGAGCCUGUCAAGAUUUCAGAAAUGUGAACAUUCUUGGUAAAUAACUCGGUAACAGUAAUGGGCUUCAGCAUGAUACACUCAGCAACGGUUUCCACAGGGAAAAAAAUUACAAAAAAUUACAAAAUUACUUGUAACCGUGGCGCAGCAGGGAAAAAUUGCAAUGAAUUCCAGACAGAAAUGCUUCCCCUUCAGAAAUUUUUUUUUUUUUUUUGCACAAGGAACAUCAUGUCCUCACAUGCACAUCUCUGCUUUGUACCGUCAGACCAUGUUUUCGAUCUUGGUCACAGCGGAAGCACGGGAAUAGGAGACUUAUUUCCUGGUGGAUGCGACUGGGAAAACGAGCUGUCUUUGACAAUCAUUAUGUAAAAACACAUGACCUUGUUUUGUCUUUGCUUUAUCCUUUGUACUGAUUUCAUAUAUGUAAGAAAUACUACCAUUAUAUUGUUUUUGUCAAGAUGUACUCAGCAAAACUAUCAGUAUCUCUUUCACUUGCUUAGAAAGAGCUACUCAUUACUCUUCAUGUAAAGCAGUGGGUCAUUAGCCUAACCUGUCUGAUGUGAGAUGUUAUUGAGGUUGUGAUUAUGUAACUGAAAAUAAAUUUGUUUACCUCCCCAACUUUGCAUUUUUAA